CAUUCCAUAGCAAAUAAAAAAUCAACACAACAAACACAUUACAGUGCAUAGUGAUGGCUAAAAACGAGUUGAAGCUUUUGGGUGCUUGGUUCAGUCCUUAUGCCCUAAGAGUGCAGAUUGCCCUUAAUCUCAAGGGUGUAGAUUAUGAGGAUAUUGAAGAGACCUUGUUUCCCAAAAGUGAACUUCUUCUUAAGUCCAACCCUGUGCUCAAGAAAAUCCCAGUUCUUUUCCAUGCAGAUAAAGUCAUAUGUGAAUCUGCAAUCAUAGUUGAAUACAUUGACGAGGUUUGGACCCAUGCUCCCUCCAUCCUUCCACAAAAUGCCUAUGAUCGAGCUCAGGCCAGAUUUUGGGUUGGUUACAUUGAUCAAAAGUGGAUUUCGUCCUUGAAAAACAUCCUGAUAGCUGAAGAUGAUGAGGCAAAAAAGCCAGACUUUGAGGAAAUAGAGGAAAUAGCUGAGAGGUUGGAAGAAGUGUUGAAGGGGAAGACAUUUUUUGGAGGAGACACAAUUGGAUUCAUUGAUAUUGUUUUUGGUAGCUUUCUGAGUUGGACCAGAGUGAUAGAAAACAUAAAUGGAACAAAAUUGAUCGAUGAAACCAAGCAACCAAGUUUGUUCCAAUGGGCUGAAACAUUUGCUGUUCAUCCUGCUGUCAAAGGCCUUCUCCCAGAAAUUGACAAACUUGUUGAAUUUGCAAAGAUUUUAAAGCUAAGUUUAGCUGCUGCAAAGUAAGUGGAUGUGUGGAACAACUCUCUUCAUUUACAAGUUAUGUUAAAUUUAAAAUAAAUUACGAUCUAUUUGGAUUUUGUUGUCUUUUUUUUUCAUUGAUAAAUCUGAGUUGUUAGUAUGCGGUUAUGGGAGGAAAUUUAAUUCACAAUUUAUUUUA